AUGAGCAUCACGCUCUACAGCGAUGGCGGUCGCGUCUCCGAACCGACUCGCCCAGGGAGGGCGGUCGUCAAUUAUGAAACGCACCGUAGGCAGCUGAGCAUGUGCGCAGGCGACAUGAAGAAGCCUGAAGCCUCGUGCAUCAGGGGCCAGGACUGCAUCGGGGUUGGCAGCCCAAUGCUGCAGCAUCGCAUCGAGGGCAUCGGUGCUUCCACGGGCGGCGGCGGUCCAGAAGGGAUCCUCCAGCGGUAUCUCGGCAGGCCCAAGCGACGACGGGUGUAUUGCCAGUUACCUUCUCAAGAGGAUGACAUCGUUGCGCUUGAUGAUGGAGCGAGGCAGGCUGGAAUAUUCUGUUUCGUAUAG